UGGUUCUGUUGGCUUCAUCGAGCCGCAAUCUCCAGCGAGUGUGAAGCGGCUGGGAUGAGAAUCAGCACCUCCAAAUCCGAGACUAGGGUUCUCAGUCGGAAAAGGGUGGUGUGCCCUUUCCAGGUCGGGGAUGAGAUCUUGCCCCAAGUGGAGGAGUUCAAGUAUCUUGGGGUCUUGUUCACGAGUGAGCCAAGAAUGGAGCGGGAGAUUGACAGACGGAUCGGUGCAGCGUCUGCAGUGAUGCGGACUUUGUAUCGGUCUGUUGUGGUAAAGGAGCUAAGGCGAAGUUCUCAAUUUACCAGUGGACCUACGUUCCUACCCUCAUCUAUGGGCACGAGCUGUGGGUCGUGACCGAAAGAACAAGAUCCUGGAUACAAGCAAGCAAAAUGAGUUUCCUCCGAGGGGGUCCGGGCUCUCCCUUAGAGAUAGGGUGAGAAGCUCGGUCAUCCGGGAGGGGCUCGGUGUCGAGCCGCUGCUCCUCCGCAUUGAGAGAAGCUAAAUGAGGUGGCUGGGGCAUCUGAUCCGGAUGCCUCCCGGACGCCUCCCUGGUGAGGUGUUCCAUGAAUGUCCCACCGGAAAAAGACCCCGAGGACGACCCAGGACACGCUGGAGGGACUACGUCUCUCGGCUGGCCUGGGAAUGCCUCGGGAUCCCUCCGGAAGAGCUGGAAGAAGUGGCUGGGGAAAGGGAAUUCUUGGUAUCCCUACUGAAGCUACUUCCCCCACGACAUGACCGGGAAAAGCGCUACUUGGUGACCAACUUGAUGGGCGCGGACCUCAAUAACAUCGUCAAAUUCCAGAGGUUGUCCGACGAGCACGUCCAGUUCUUGAUUUACCAGCUCCUCCGUGGCCUGAAGUACAUCCAUUCGGCGGGAUUGAUCCACAGGGACCUCAAGCCAAGUAAUGUGGCGGUGAAUGAGGACUGUGAGCUCAGGAUCCUCGACUUUGGCUUGGCCAGGCAAACGGACGACGAGAUGACCGGCUACGUGGCGACCCGCUGGUACCGGGCGCCAGAAAUCAUGCUCAACUGGAUGCACUACAAUCAAAAUGUUGAUAUUUGGUCAGUGGGAUGCAUUAUGGGAGAGCUGCUGAAAGGAAAAGUCCUUUUUCCCGGCACUGACUAUAUCGACCAGCUGAAGAGAAUCAUGGAGAUGGUCGGGACGCCGACACCGGACCUCUUGGGGAAGAUCUGCUCGGAGCAUGCGCAGAAGUACAUCCAGUCUCUGCCUUUUAUGCCCCAACAAGACCUUGAGAAGAUCUUCCGGGGAGCAAAUCCACUUGCCGUCGACCUGCUGAAGCGAAUGCUGGUCCUGGACUGCGACGGGAGGAUCUCGGCCAGCGAGGCUCUGGCCCACCCUUACUUCUCGCAGUAUCAUGACCCGGACGACGAACCCGAGGCACUGCCUUACGACCAAACACUGGAGAGUAAAGACCGCACCUUAGAAGAAUGGAAAGAGUUGGUGUUUACGGAGGUGAACGGCUUCAAAGCGUCCGCCGGCAAGACCGACAGCCUUCAGGUGGAGCAGUGAGGAGGUCUUGGGGCUCAGCGCGUUCUCCAAUUCGAAGGGCGAUUUAAGGUCCAGUCCCGAAAGUUGCUUCCUGUUAUGAUUUCCCCCUCACGCAAGACCGAAAGAGGAACGACCAAACUCCCGACGGUGAUUCAUACGAGAAAGCAACUUUCCUGAAGCGUUUACAGACUCUGCAAUGCAGCGCACGGAACGUGAAAAAAAAAAAAAACAGCGCACACGCUAGGAUUUCCAAAGCGAGAACACGACGCCAUCUGGUUCC